AUGCCUGCCCGCUGCCGUCGCCUCCUCCUCCUCCUCCUGGGGCUGCUCCUGGUGCUGGAGCCUGCCUGCUGCCAGGAAGCCCGGGGCAACCUCCAGCCAUGGUCACAGGGUGUCAUCGCAGUGGUUGUGUUUCUGGUCCUGGUGGCCAUUGCUUUCAUGGUCAAUAAGUUGUGGUGUAACGAGAAAGUGGAUAAUGUCGAGACGGUGGUGAGUGUCGAGGACAGGCAGGAGGCUGUCACGUCCAAUGGCCACGAAGGGAAAAACCUAAGCUCUGCAGCCAACUUCAGGUCCAAAGAGAGCCCUCACGCCUAUGAGAACACCCUGGAGCCCGAGGAGAGGGUGAUCACCACCUCCAUGUAG